AUGAUAAUCUAUUAAUAUCAUUCAAAUUUGCAAGACAUAAUGUUGAUUAAUUUAUCAAUUAAAAAAAAGAUAUUAAGAUUACUAAAUUUUUAAAAACUAUUCUAAAAAUAAUAUUAUAGAAUAUUUUCAUAAUAAGGUAGCCUAAGUUGUCUAGAAAAUGUCAACUCUAUCAUAAUUAGAUAAGAAAAUAAUAUUGGAGAUAUAGGAUUAGGAUUGAGUGAACCAUUUAUGUACAAAUACUCUGCAUACAAGUUUGAUGAAUAAAAUUAGCAGACAAAGCAAAAACUGCUUUACUUUAAAGAAAUUGACUAACCAUAUACAAAUUAUUAUGCAGGUAAUCGCAGAUAGAUAAAUAUAGAAGUUUCUGAGCCUUAUUCUGUUAAAAAAUUACUUAGAUUUACGAAGCCUAUCUAGUUUUCUUUGUUAACAAAAAAUAGGCCUUUCUUACAACUCGAAUAUUAUGAUGAGAACUAAAAUAUUCAAUUCUUAGGAGAAAUAAGAUCUCCUCAUUCAUGGAAAACAUUUAAUUACUAAAUAUACGAUGAUUAAUAUUAAUUAGAAUACAGUAUAGUAGGAGAUAUAAGGAUAUAAAAAAUUUUCUCUAGAUUAAAGUUAAGAUAAUAUAUGAUGUCUAAUUUCAUAAUUUAUGAUAAAGAGAAUUCUCACAAGUAAGUUGGUUCUAUAUCUAGUUAAUUUUAUUAUCACGAAAGAAGAAACAUUACAGUAGGUGAUCUAUUCUUAAUAAGAUUUCCAAAAAAAAGUUCUAUAGAGUAAAAAUGUAGAAUAAUCGGAAUGUCUAUAUUAAAUGAUUUUUGGGUUUACGGUGGAAUACCUAAAUUCUAACUUGUCUAUACUUUAGCGUGA